AUGAAUGGAUUCGCUUACGGCAACGCCUAUGAUGGCAGCGGUGGUCAUGGUGGUGGAAUGGAUGACGACGACAACGAUGGAGCGGACGGGAUGAUUACGAUUGGAGGCCCGGCCGGACUGUUGGGAGGUGACUCAGGACAGACCUUGGAUGAGAUUGUGAGCCAGAAUUCUCGAAUGAUCCGUCGACAGAGCAUGCCGCAGCCUUUUGGGAACAACCCCGCAGGCAUCAACGUGGCCGAUAUGCGACGGAUAUCAAUGAUGGAAUACGGCAGUGCCUCGCCGGCAGAUCUGGCGAAUUUUCAAUACGACAGCAGCGGAGGCAUCGCACCUCAGCCACAUCGACGGAUGACCCAUCACAACGCCCAUGGUGCGCGAGAUCUCGCACUCAACACCCAGGACUUCGCCAACAAUGCGCAGACUUACAAUGCCAUGAUGGCACAAAAUUCGCCUUACGGUCUGACCAACAACAUGGGACAAUCCAGCGGGCUAGACAUGAGCAUGAAGAGUCCGUAUAUUGACACCUCGGUUGGCAUGGGCAUGGAAUUUGUGGGCGACGGUAGUGGCAUGAACAGCGCUAUGAGCACUGAUGCCAUGGAGCAGCAAAUGAACAUGUACAGCCAAGCCCAGUUCAACCAACCGGUGAUGCAAUCUCCCAUGAACGCCAGCGGCGGGCAAGCCACGCCACAGAAUGGAGGCAUGUCAGCUCACGGGUCUGCUGGGAGCGGCAGCAUACAUUCGCAAUAUGGACAGCAGACUGGUGGCACUCCCAAUAACAUGCGGCAUUUCUCGCAUGGCUCCAACAUGCAGAAUUCAGAUAUGCAAUCCACCGGGCAUCAUAAUAUGAACGCGAUGGGUCACAAUGCUCAAAUAGCUGGUCCCAUGCAGCGAGCGCCAGUCGUUCAUCGAAAGUCAAGUCGAAAUCAAGUCCCGAAUCCCAACACCAACCAGAUACAAAAUCCCAAUCAAAGCCAAAACGCCACGCCUACUUACACGCCAAAUCAUGACCAAAACCGAACUCCAAGCUGGAACCCGAACCAGACACAAAACCCAAACCAGCGACCCAAUCCUAAUUCAAGUUUGAAUCAAUUCGCGGAACAGAAUUUCAACCCCGAGACGGCACGGUUCGAAGGUCAGCCGCCGAACGCUGGAUUGGGAACAAAUCCUGACGGCGUCAAUGGCGUGUCCGACGUUACUGGAACGGACGGAAUGCGCGGACCUUUUCGUGCUGUUGGCAACAUAAACCCAAAUAACCAGGAUUUCGAAUGGCAAGCACCGAAAUUGGGAUGGCCCUCAAGCUCGAACGGCAACACGCACUCGAAAUCUGCAGAUCUUCGCGGAGUUUACGCCUCGUCGGGCUUCGACAUGCUUCAGGUUCUGGCUCGCGUAGCAAAUCGCAAAAAUCCCGAAAUCGAUAUCGGCACUGUAGAUUUGUCAUGCGCCUUUGUGGUGUGCGACGCCGAAAAGGACGACUGUCCUAUUGUCUACUGCUCUGACAAUUUUGAACGACUAACUGGCUACACCAAGCACAUGAUCCUCGGACGAAACUGCCGAUUCCUGCAGUCGCCAGAUGGGAAUGUGGCAUCAGGUAUUUACCGGAAAUACGUCGAUGAUGAUUCCGUCCUCUACCUCAAGAAUAUGAUUGAGCUCAAGAAGGAAUCGCAGAUUUCCUUGAUCAACUAUCGACGGGGCGGCCAGCCGUUUAUGAACCUGCUUACCAUCGUUCCUGUGAGGAUGUCAGAUGACGAGACAGCCAAGGUCAAAUACUUCGUGGGAUUUCAGGUGGACUUGGUCGAAAACCCGCAGUCGGUGACCAACCGAAAUUCAGACGGCUCGUACUCGAUCAAUUACCAGCGCGACAUGAUGCCCCGUUACACUCACAACGCCCCAGAGAAUACUCCGAAUAAAAGCGAUCUCGGCCAGACCAUUUCUGCCGAUGAGGUCGCGAACCUUCUUUGCGGCAUGGACCGAGCUGACGGACGAGACAAUAUCAGUCGGAACUGGGACAAGGUGCUGCUCGAGAAUACUGACGAUGUUAUCCACGUGUUAUCUCUUAAGGGCAUAUUUCAGUGGAUAUCUCCUUCGGCUGCUCGCGUGCUGGAGUAUGAGGCGAAUGAAAUAGUCGGCACAGCGCUCAGCUCGAUCUGUCAUCCAAGUGACAUUGUCCCGGUCACGCGAGAGCUCAAAGACACCUCUGCUGGAAGCUCUGUUAACAUCGUCUUUCGUAUCCGUCGCAAGCACAGCGGAUAUAUGUGGUUCGAAGGCCACGGAUCGCUGCACACUGAGCAAGGCAAGGGCCGCAAAUCAAUCAUCAUGGUCGGCCGUGAGCGACCCGUCUAUAGUCUCAGUCGGACAGACCUCGAGCACGGCGGUGGCAUCGGUGAGAACGAGCUGUGGACCAAAUUAUCUACAUCUGGCAUGUUUUUAUUCGUGUCUUCCAAUGUUCGGUCACUCCUGGACCGAGUCCCCGACGACUUGCUCGGCGUGAGCAUUCAAUCUAUGAUGCGCCCACCGUCUAAACUGGAGUUCAAUCGCAUUCUGGAACAUGCUCGAAGAGGCGCGCGUGCGUCAGUCAAACACGAGAUGGUCAAUCGUCGAGGUCAAGUUCUGUCCGCUUUCACUACUCUCUACCCAGGAGAUGCUGUGGUGGGUCAGAAGCCAACCUUUGUCGUUGCACAGACGCGGUUGUUGAAACAUCCUCGUGGGAUCAACACCAUUGCCGCGUCUGCUUUCUCUGGAUCGCCAGCUCCCAAAAACGAACGAACGAGCUCGACUGACACUUUUGCUUCGGGGCGCUCGGCCAGCGUGUCUCAACCUCCCCAAACUUCGGCCAAUGACCCGCCAACUUUGCUUCCGAACCUCGACGAACAACAGCCGACUAUCAUCUAUCAUCCGACUGGUCUACCGCCUAACGCCACCGACUCGAAUGAUCCGGUGCUCGCAAACAAUGGUGUCCCCAGAGGCGCCAACGGCUCCAGCAUGAACCGCUUCCUAGGUACCGACGGAUCCGCGAUGACGCAUGCCGGCGAGCAUGGCCUCCCUAUAGGCCGUCAGGAUCUUUCAUUGGCAUCAGACGACAAUCUUUUCGACGAACUCAAAACGACCAAAUCCAGCUCGUGGCAGUACGAGAUUCGUCAGCUGGAAAGGCUGAACCGUCAGUAUGCCGAGGAGGUUCAAGCGCUUAUUGCAUCAAAGAAGAAGCGUAAGCGGAGAAAGGGCUCUGGCAACCAGCAAAAGGAUUGUGCGAACUGUCAUACUAAAAGUACGCCGGAAUGGCGACGUGGGCCGAGUGGACAGCGCGACCUGUGCAACAGCUGUGGAUUGCGAUGGGCAAAAUUGCAAGGUCGAACCUCACCUCGCGGCUCCUCCCUCAAAUCCCACGGCAAUGCGCGCUCGGACAAGAAUGCGCCUUCGGACAAACACUCCCACGCCUCUCUCUCCCCGCCCGAUGGCUACGCUGGCCUCACUGGCACUAGUCGCAACAACAACAACAAUAUUGGUCAGAUCUCUGAGGGCCAGCCAGCCGCAGACAAAGCCCAGCGGAACCCAGCCCAAACUUCUCCAGAGAAUCCUUCUCAAAGCUCCCCGGAUCAUCUCUCCGGUGGUACAUAUCCCCAAAGUGGCAAUAUCCGCACGCUCCACGCUGUUAACACCCAUCCUCACAGCAACGAUCACAGCAACAGCGGCGCCAACGCCAGUAUGAACAACAGCAAAAACAAAAUCUCUAACGACAGCCCCGAAAACUCAGCUGGUGCAUUUGCAGCUGCGGCUGGUGUCGUCAAGCGCAGCGCUGGCGUCACUGGGCCUGGCACAGGCGCUGGGACUAUCGUCAACCAUCCUGUGAAUCACUCGACUGGAGCGAAUGUGACUGCGCCGGGUAACCGCACGCCAGCGAUGCCAAGCGGCUACACUUCGAUCAAAGGCGGUGAGCCUUCGGAUCCAGACUAG